AUGACUUGGCUAAAAACCCCAAUUCCCCUCAUUAUUUUCUUGAUAAUCUCGGCACACGCUCAAAAUUCGCCCAAAGACUUUGUGGAUGCCCACAAUGCAGCCCGAGCAGAAGUUGGCGUGCAGCCACUCGUGUGGGACUCUAAAGUAGAGGCUUUUGCUGAAAAUUACGCAAACGAACGAUCUCAAGAUUGUGCAAUGCAACACUCAAGUGGGCCCUACGGAGAAAACUUGGCAGCCGGAUCAUGGGACUUGAGCGCCAAGGAAGCCGUUGACAUGUGGGUGAGUGAAAAGAAUGCGUACGAUUUGGAGUCUAAUAGUUGUGUGGGUGGGGAAUGCUUGCAUUACACGCAAGUUGUGUGGAAUAGUUCGACUAGGGUUGGGUGUGGUAGGGCGUUGUGUAAGAAUGGGUGGACCUUCGUCACCUGCAAUUAUGAUCCGCCGGGGAAUUAUAACGGUGAACGGCCAUUUUAA